AUGUGGCGUUUGCCCUUGAAGCGUUUGGCACCUCGUUGUCGGCCCAGACCAUCGUUGAUCAGAAAAUAUGCAGCACCACAGCCCUCACCCAUCACGUUCUCCUUCAAGGUGCCCCUGGUGCCUGCUGUGCGACAUUUCUGUUCUUCGCCUGAUGUCAAACCUACUGAAGAUCUGGAGGUUGAAGAACAAGUGAAGGUUCUGGAGCAGAUGAUUAGGCAGGAACUCGCUAAAGGCGUUCCUGGGACCAGAGCUGAAGAAGCUUAUGCCAUUGCUUUUACUUGCAAGGUUUGUGACCAACGGAGCACCAAAAAGAUCUCUAAGCGUGCUUACCAUCACGGCGUUGUGGUCAUCACAUGCCCUCAGUGCAAGAAUCGUCAUCUGAUUGCAGACCGCUUGGAAUGGUUUCAAGAUGGCGGGACAGACAUUGAACAGAUGAUGAAGGAGAAGGGAGAAGAGGUCGUGAAGCUCGUCAAGUAUCGCCUGAACUGUCCAGAGGAAGAUGCGCAGAAGGCUUUGGAGGAGCUUGUGCACGUGGAAGCUGCUGAGGCCAGGUUAGACAUGAAUUUGGAAGGAUUGAUGCCACGGGUGUUCGAGCUUGCGUCAGGACGGGAUCUGAGGAUCAUGAACAAGAUGAACAAGUGGAUCUCACGAACAGCGUGGGAUGAACGCCUUCAUCGGAUUCGUGUGCUUCUUCGGUGUGGCCUUGCCAUUGAUUUGUUUGGUGACCGCCCUGCUGCAGCUUGGCAGCUGAUGUUUGGAGAGUACCUAUGCAGCAACAAGCACUACAACAAAUACGAAAGGUGCAAACACCAUGUCCGACAGCUUCGUUUAGAGUAUCAGCGUGAGCAGUUGGAGCGGGAGUUGGCGGCAGAGGAGGAAGUGGAGACGGGCUUGCCCCGGCAGCGGAGUGGCAGUUUGUCAGGCAAUUUGUCCGGCAACUUGUCCGGCAAUUUGUCCGCGAGCAGCAGGGACGCAGGUGUGGUGACACCCAGCCGGGCAGCACCCGAAACGAACUAUCAGGUUCUUUCAGGCGAGCCCCGGGCUUCCACCAGCUCAGCUUUCCUGAGACCGUCGUGA